UCUCCCCAGCCAGCCACUUCUUACAUGGGUAAACAAACUGCGUUACAACCCGAACCAUUUCUUUAUCCGACAACAUCGUCACCAUCUCUUGCGUAACACCCGUCUAAUGCGUCCAAUCGAUUUGUAAGAUAAUUUUACAACGUGGUAUGAUCGCCUAUCAAUCACAGCGAUAGGGGCGGGGCAUGUUGAGUUACGAGCCGAGGAAAAUAACAGAACAGGACCAGCGCGCGGAGAGAAGACCACCGAGGAACCGUUAAUCAGUUCAUCGGCUGAAGACACGCUAUGGCCGGAGACGCGAGGGAAUCCACCGAGAUGAAGGAACAGAGGAGACGGGAACGACAGUCGGCGUUAGACAACCACGACGGUUCCUUCGGAGUAUGUGGCUGGGUCCUGGUUCUGUUCUCUCUCCUGCUGACCAUAAUCACGCUCCCCGUUUCCAUUUGGAUGUGCAUCAAGAUCGUGAAGGAAUACGAACGAGCCAUCAUCUUCCGCCUGGGCCGUAUCCUGCGAGGCGGCGCUAAAGGCCCAGGGCUCUUCUUCAUCCUGCCCUGCACUGACAGCCUCAUCAACGUGGACAUGCGCACCAUCACCUUCGACAUCCCCCCGCAGGAGGUGCUAACCAAGGACUCUGUGACGGUGAGCGUGGACGGCGUGGUGUACUACCGCGUGCAGAACGCCACCCUGGCCGUGGCUAACAUCACCAACGCCGACGCGGCCACGCGCCUGCUGGCCCAGACCACCCUGAGGAACGUCCUGGGGACCAAGAACCUGGCGGAGAUCCUGUCGGACCGCGAGGAGAUCGCCCACAGCAUGCAGUGCACACUGGACGAUGCUACCGACGACUGGGGCAUCAAGGUGGAGCGGGUGGAGAUCAAGGAUGUCAAGCUGCCACAACAGCUGCAGAGAGCCAUGGCUGCUGAGGCAGAGGCCAGCAGGGAGGCCCGCGCCAAGGUGAUCGCGGCGGAGGGGGAGAUGAACGCGUCGCGGGCCCUGAAGGAGGCGUCCCUGGUGAUCGCCGAGUCCCCGUCGGGCCUGCAGCUGCGCUACCUGCAGACGCUCAACACCAUCGCUGCCGAGAAGAACUCCACCAUCAUCUUCCCCCUGCCCAUGGACAUGAUGCAGGCCUUCAUGAAGAGAUGAGGAGGAGGAGGGCAGCAUACAGCUACACACACAUACACACACUGAUGCGCUAACAAACAUACACACGCUGACACACAAAUACACACACACACACACACACACACACACACGCAUGUACUGACAUCCAUACACAUGCUGACAUACACAAAGAUGCUGACAGAGAUAUACAUACUUUUCGUGUACUCUUCUAUGACAUAUUCUCUCUCUUCCAUUCUCUUCUCUUUGUUACAAGAGAUCGAAGACUUAUUUCUACUUAAUUUGCAGGCUGAGGGAAUUUAUUGCCCAGGCAUAAGUUGAUGCUAUUUUUUAAGGGAAACGUACCACUGUAGCAACUCUGGUGCUACUACUACUUUAAUCGGGAAUGAAGAAAUCAGCGGUUGUAGUGAGUCUUUAUGAUGGAGGUGGAGGGGGACGGAGAGCGCCCGAUCUCCACGGCCAAUGCGUACAGUACAGUACACGUUUAUACGCUGAAUUUAGAAAUAGCCCUGCGAUCGUCCUCUAUGAUCGCCCGGACCAGGACCCGACCUCACUGUCCGAGAGUGAGCACAACAUAUGUCAGCAUUUCUGUCCCGCUUCCUCAUCAUGCUCCCUUCCAACGGCUGCCUCUGUUCCCCUUGAUUAUGCCGCCCCGCCCCGCUGUCUCUAGCCAACUCCAGGCCACACCCCCCUGUCUGUGGCUGACAUCAAGCCACGGCCCUCUCGUAACACAACCGCCAUCCGAUGUUGUGAUGAUCGUCACAACCCAAUCGCCUAUUUGCAAAACGAGACACGUUGCGAGAUCAGAUGUCACCUGAGACUUUUCCACGCUGAGCUGAGUAAAAUAAUUAUCAUACGCAGUAUCACAUUAAUAUUUUAGCAAUCACUUAUGCCGUUUGUUAAUGCUGCAACCAAAAUAUCGACAUUAUAUUAUAUUAAACCUAUUCCUUUAAUAUAUGAUAAUACUUGAGUCAUAUUGCCCACCAGGAACCCAAAAGACAGCAGAUUUUACAUCUAUUCCGCAACAACGAUAUGGAAGUAAAGGGGUAGGCGGCCGACUAUGCAGCUGUGAGAACUCAUGGUCCUCUGCCUGAAGCUUCAUCCAUUCAUCUAGUGUCUUGUCCGUUUGUUUACCACAGGGGCCGCGGGCCCCAAUCGACGCCGCAAACACACGCUAAACUGACACACAGCUCUUAACAGGAUUCACCGUGGAAGACACACACACACCAUCGUACACGUGCACAUCCUCAUGGCUCCUACUAUUACAUUGUCUAGUGCCAGUCAUGUUACAUUUUAACCACUGCCAUUUUGUAAAGUAUUGGGCUAACUGCUCCUCUUCCUCAAGCUGUUUGAACACUAAUAUCUUUAAUGUAUUUACAUAAACAUGUAUUUCUUGUGUUACGUGCGUUUGAACUAAAACCUCUUAUGUCUGCUUAAAGCCUUAAUCGCCACAGAUUCACCUUACAACCUCGUAUUACAGAUACUAUGCAUUUCCACCUUCAACUGAUUUUCAUUGAGAUUUGAAAUCCAUAUAUAAAACAAGUUGAAUAUUUUCAGAUUUGUGCAUAUAUAUUAAGACACAUAAUACCUACCGUGCAAAAAAGUCAGUUGGAUUAAGCUUUGGACAUGUUUUCUUUUUCAUGUUGUAUUGUUGUAGAUUAUCAAGUUUGAAUGUAAGCAAGUAAGACUUUAUUUAUAUAGCACAUUUCGUACAAGAUUUGCAAUUCAAAGUGCUUGUGCAAUGUGAUAGAAGCCCUAACUUGUAUGUUUACACUGCAAAUAACCAAAGGUCAAUUUUAGUCUAGCUAUUUCCCAUGGUUUGCUCAAUAGCAUGUCACGGUUCUCAACAUGUUUUUGCCAAAUUUCUGUCCCAAUGCUUAACCUGUUACGCUACUAAGCAGACGGCUCGUCUCUUUAUAGAGAAUCUGAAGCCUAGCCAGGUUAAGUCGAGUUUAGAUACACAUCACACUACAGAGCUUGUGUGCCUUAAGGAGGACCGAUAUCUCAGUGUGGGCCAGCUAGUCAGGUCUUGCUUAUUCCUACAGAGGUACAUAGUAUUGCAUAUCGUUACGUCUAUUCAUGUCCGUCUGACAUACGAGAUUUUGAUUCACAAAUGACGAGAAGAUCGUCCCGAUUGACUCACUUCAAAAUAGUGGAAGCCAAGGGUAUUGUAGUCAAUGAAUUUAAGUUUACGAUUGCAUGCUAGUUUUAGAUUAUUUUAAAUAUGUACACGCUCACUAUAUGUUGAGUCAUCCUGUUGUAUUGGAUCAUACUAAUAAAACAUAUAAGAACAACUCUGUGUGUUCUGUUCUGACAUGGUUGUGACUCAAAAUGGAACCAGUGUAAAUAGUAAACGUUACAGAGACAAACACACUUCUUUCAAAGGUUUAUUGGAACAUCUUGAUUGGUGUGGGCACUACGGGAGGCCCUGUCUGGAAGUGACUUGUUUUGAUUGUUGUCAGCAGCAAAGCUUUAGAUUCCUGCUAAAAAUAGAGCAGCCUGCAAAAAGGGCCCGGUCACAAACAGAGAAGUAGGCACAGGCAACUAGCGGGGAGAACUGUUUUCUUUGCUAAAAAGGCCCAGAGCCAAACGCCCCCAUUAGAGAGUAUUGUGGCAUCCAACAGUUGUUAUUCAGCAGCAGUGUGAAUAUUAAAGCGUAGUUGAGAAGCUAAACAAGACCCUGGGAUACAAACAGAAGUUUAAGGCAUCGGUUGUAUUGCUUUGGAAAGGCUUAGGAAGGUGUUCCUGGCAGUGACUAAACCAACAAACAAAUGGCUUUGCACCUCACGUGAUAUCUUUAUCCCUCUCGUAGCCUUU